UUUUGUUUCUUUUUUAACCCUUCGUUCGUUUAUAGUCAUUGUUGUUUAUCAUGUCUCGGUCUCAAAAACAAAAACGAUUAGCAAGAGAGAAUAGACCAUUUCAACAUCAUAACCGGAACAAGGGUAACUUCAAGUCUCAAAUCAACCAUAAAAACCGACAUCACAACAACAACCAAUCACUUCAUAAUGGCAACAAAGUACAUCAUCGAUUUAAUCAUCAAAAGCAUGGCCAACAACAACAACAAUCUAUCAAGUUAUUACCGUUACCCAAAGGCCCUCUUUUUGACCGGUCGAAACUGAUACCACGUUGGAAACAAGGACGUACUAUUGGUCCAGGUUUUGUGAAUGGUCAAAACACUUGCUUUUUGAACUCGGUAUUGGAAUGCUUGACAUAUACUCCACCUUUGGCUCAAUAUUUCUUAUACCAAGGACAUCGUAAGCAUUGUACAUCGAAAAGAUUUUGUUCUAUGUGUGCUAUGGAUGACCAUAUUCAUCGAUGUUUGAAGGAACCAAAAAGUUUAACUAAAGGUGCAACCAUUCUUCCAAGAGCUUUUACAAGUAACUUACGAGCCUUCUCUCAAACACUACGACUUGGUCGUCAAGAAGAUGCACAUGAAUUUAUGAUGUUCUUAUUGGAUUCUAUGCAUAAAUGUACUGUUCAAAGUUAUGGAAAAUUGGAUGCAAAAAUGGAACGAUCUGCCUUUAUAUAUCAAAUCUUUGGUGGUCAACUUCAAUCACAAUUACGAUGUUAUAGUUGCAAUGCAAAGUCGAAUACUUUUGAUAACUUUUUGGAUCUAAGUGUGGAUUUACAACAAGCGGACUCAGUUCAACGUGCAUUGGAAAACUUUAUUAAAGUCGACAUGAUUGGUGGAAAUGACCCAGAUACCAAAUAUAGAUGUGAUUCCUGUAAACAAAAAGUGAAUGCUGGGAAACAAAUGACUAUACAUCAAUUACCAUCUAUGCUUUGUGUCCAUUUGAAACGAUUUACUUUUGAUAUGAUGCGUGGCUACAUGAGGAAAGUGACCAAGGAUAUCAAAUAUACUGAACGUUUGGAUAUGUCUCCUUAUGUUAGUAAAGAGAUCAAGUGUUCUACUGCUAUGUAUCAUCUAUAUGCUGUCUUGGUUCAUUUGGGUUAUGGAUGUGAUUCUGGUCAUUAUUUUGCUUAUGUCAAGGCUCCUGAUGGAAAAUGGUUUCGCAUGGAUGAUGAAGAGGUCACUCCUGUUUCUUUGAAAGAAGUGUUAUCUCAACAAGCUUAUAUGCUUUUCUAUUCAUCAGACAAAUCAUCGAUACCCAAUAUGAAUGUGGAAACCAAAUCAAAGGAAAAGGAUACUCAUGGAAUAAAACGAACAGCAAACGACAUGGAAAACAACAACAAUGAAACAGUGACUGUAUCGAAGAAUCAAACAUUACCACCAACAAUCUUACCUGUAACAAAGAUACAGAAAAUCAAGGAUGAGAAGAAAGAAACGUCAAAGGAAAAGGUCAAGAUGGAAGAACCCAUGGCAUCGGCACCAGAAGAUCCUCCUACACGUACCAGCUUGAUAGAAGAAAUGGUAAAUGGAUCAAAUACUUGGUUAAUUCAAUCAUCAAAUAAGCCAUUUCGUUCUCUCCGUGGUAACAUGUCUCCUCCAACAUUUGCGGCAGCCGUCAGUGACCCUAGUUCGUGGAAUGUUGAAGAUCAAAAGACAAUUCGACCGAAGAAACCCGUGGGCAAGAAAUGGAUUCGUCGUAUGAAAGGCUGGCAUGUGGAUAUUUCCUCUCAAUCAUUAUCACCAUCAUUAUAGAUUUUAGUGUUGACUUUCUCUUUUUUUUUAUUUUGUAUACUAUAAUAAUAAUAUAGACAUUUUUCUUUUUUAUUUUUAUUUUAUGUUGUCUCAAUUCAAUUUGAAAAUAUAUAUGGUUGUAUAAAUUUGGAAUCCCGUCUUUUUUUUUUUUUU